AUGGAUGCUGCCGAUCUCAGCCAGGAACACGAGUCUACAGUGACAACCAACGAUCCCACCACGCGGUCCAAAAUUAAGCACCACGCGAAAAGAAUGCUCAUGGUGCUAAACAACCUGUCGUCCACAUGGGCGAAGAUCACUACAAUGACCUGCGCCGAGAGAAAGGCAUUCACUUCAAUUAGCAUCGAAGCUGAAACUCCGGGCACAUCUACGAUGGAUUCCUUUGUGCAGCAGUGUCAAAUCAUGAGGGUUUGGAUGGGAAUACUCGAGAAUCGGUUGCAAUUAGCCGCCCAUCUUCAGGGAAAUCUUUCACAGGAAAUGCAUUCUGAUGACCAGGAAGAUGCCGACUACGUGCAAGAACUUCAACACCAUUGGAAGAAUGGUCUCCAACAAGAGAGGUUUAAGGAGAUCUUUGGCCGCUGCGACAUGACACCACAGGUGCGCUCAUUGGCAGCACUCAGGGAGAAAGUUUGGAAGACCAUGGUCAAGGCAUCUGGGCGAUCACUAGAAGUGGAACAUGGCGAUGCAGCGCAGUCUACCCAGUGUUACGGCUAG